AUGGCUAGCCCGGCUGCCAGUGGGCCUGGCCGGCCUCUGCCCGGCUCCUCUGCCGCUCCGGCCCCUCUGGCGGGGAGGAGGCGGCGGCCCGGGCCCGGGAGGAAGCUGCAGCCCCGAAACCUCGAUUGCAAGCGACUCGGCCUUGCAGCCACACAGCAGCAGCAGCAGCGAGGGAAAGGCCCCAAGCCCCAGCCCCAGCCAGGCCGCCCACCGUGCCGCCUGCGUCCCCCUCGGCCCAGGCGGCUGGGCAGCGGCACGUCGGGGCGCCAGGGCAGGGGCCGCGAUGGCCAGGUCGGGGCGCCCGGGCUGAGGGCGCGGGAGGCCGACGCGGGCAGAGGCAGAGGCAGAGACCCCCCUGGGCCGCAGCCCAGCCAUGUCCCCCAGCCGGCGCGGCCCGCCCUGCCUGCCCCCGGCCCCCCGGCCCACCUGGGCUCCGCCGCCAGCCGCCUCCUCCCGGCCAGCAGCAGCGGCAGCGGCAGGAGCAGCAGCCCCGGCCCCGGCCGCCCCGGCCCCGGCUCCCGCGGGGGACACCAUGUACUGGCUGGCGGCGCGGGGAGGCCGGCGCCCGGCGGGGAUGUUGGGCUAACGGCAUGGAGGACACCCCCCCCCCACCCCCACCAGCAGCCGCCCCCGCCGCAGCCCGGCCCCUCGGGCGAGAGGAGGAACCACCACUGGAGGAGUUACAAGUUGAUGAUCGACCCGGCCCUCAAGAAGGGCCACCACAAGCUGUACCGCUACGAUGGGCAGCACUUCAGCCUGGCGAUGUCCAGCAACCGCCCCGUGGAGAUCGUGGAGGAUCCGCGGGUCGUGGGCAUCUGGACCAAAAACAAGGAGCUGGAGCUGUCGGUGCCCAAAUUCAAGAUCGACGAGUUCUACGUGGGCCCGGUGCCUCCGAAGCAGGUGACAUUUGCCAAGCUCAACGACAACGUCCGCGAGAACUUCCUGAGGGACAUGUGCAAGAAGUAUGGGGAGGUGGAAGAGGUGGAGAUUCUCUACAACCCCAAGACCAAGAAGCACCUGGGCAUCGCCAAGGUGGUGUUCGCCACGGUGCGGGGGGCCAAGGAGGCCGUGCAGCACUUGCACAGCACCUCUGUCAUGGGCAACAUUAUCCACGUGGAACUGGACACCAAAGGGGAGACACGUAUGCGGUUCUAUGAGCUGCUGGUCACCGGCCGCUAUACGCCCCAGACCCUCCCGGUGGGUGAGCUGGAUGCUGUGUCCCCCCUUGUGAACGAGACCUUGCAGCUCUCCGAUGCUCUCAAGCGCCUCAAGGACGGGGGCCUUAUCUACAGGCGGGUGGGCUCAGGCUCGUCUGCUGUCAACCCCCACCAGCGGGGGGGACGCCCUUCUACCAGGACACGGGCCUACUCCAGCCGCCGCUUGGACACCCCAACUCCUUACGGACAGGGCACCCCGCUCUCAUACGCGCCUGGGCACCACCCUUCUCCCAGGAGUUCCAGCUACUCCAGCAGGCAGCCCACACCCUCCUACCUCUUCGGCCAAGACCCCUCCAACACCUUCAAGGCCCGGCGCCACGAGAGCAAGUUCACGGAAGCUUACAACCGCCGCCAUGAGCAUCACUACGUGCUGGCUCCUCGGGGGGGCGUUCCGGCCAGGGGCAGGGGCCUCGGGUGGCCUACCGGGGUCCUGGGGACCUCCCAUUCGGGGCGGUCAGCUGCAGGCGGGGCGCCCCGUUCAAAGACCCAGCCACCAGACUCGGCCACUUCGCCACACCCCGCCACCGGCCCCUGUGCCCCAGCCACUGGCGUGCCCUUCAAGUCGGCCUUCUCGCCACAAUACCAGACUCCCGUGCCGCCCUACCCUCCGCCCCCCCGAGAGCCCUCCCUACCCCGACCUUUGGGUCCGGGACAGCGGGGGAGGUUCCGCAGAGCCCCGGCUCCCCCACCGCUGCCCCCGGCUGAGCCGCUAGCUACGGAGAAAGCCGGGGAACACCCCCGGGCCCCCCACCGUUGCCACCCGAGGGCCAACUGCAUGGAGCUGGGCGGCCGGCACCACCUUUGGCUGGAGCCCCGGAAGCCCUGCGACAGCCCUGGCACGCCCACUCUCGAGUCCUCCUCUCCUGGGCCCGAGAAGGCGCACGACAGCCUGGACUCGCGCAUCGAGAUGCUGCUCAAGGAGCAGCGCACCAAGCUGCCCUUCCUCCGGGAGCACGACUCGGACCCUGAGUUGCGCAUGGAGGGGAGCCCCAUCUCCUCCUCAUCUCUCCAGCUCUCCCCGCUCGCCCCCUUCGGCGCCAACGUGGCCCAGCCCGGCUUCCGUGGGCUCUCGCCACCCUCGUCGCGCCCGUCCAGCACCGGCCUGGAGGGACAUCAGCCCCCACCGAGACCUGGGCCGGCCCGGACCCUGCCGGGUGUUCUGGGUCAGGCGGCAGAGGUGGCCUUGGACCUGGCCAGAGACAGGACCCCAACCUCUGAGAAGAUGGAUGAGGGCCAGCAGUCCUCGGGCGAAGACAUGGAGAUCUCAGACGAUGAGAUGCCAUCAGCCCCCAUCACCAGCGCUGACUGCCCCAAGCCCAUGGUGGUGACCCCGGGGGCUGGGUCCGUGACUGCCCAAUCUGUGCUGGCCGCGACCCUACCGCUGCCACCUCCGCCGGGAUUCCCGCCCCUGCCGCCACCACCGCCUCCGCCACCACCGCAGCCAGGCUUCCCUAUGCCACCCCCUCUGCCACCGCCGCCGCCGCCACCACCCCCGGCUCACCCGGCUGUGACUGUGCCCCCACCGCCCUUGCCAGCACCUCCGGGCGUCCCGCCACCGCCCAUCCUGCCACCGCUGCCGCCGUUCCCCCCAGGCCUGUUCCCCGUCAUGCAAGUGGACAUGAGCCAUGUGCUGGGAGGCCAGUGGGGGGGGAUGCCCAUGUCCUUCCAGAUGCAAACACAGAUGCUCAGCCGGCUGAUGACGGGCCACGGUGCCUGUCCCUAUCCCCCUUUCAUGGCGGCUGGGCUUCAAUUUGUCAACCUGCCCCCCUACCGCGGCCCCUUCAGCUUGAGCAAUGCGGCCGGCCCUAGCCGUGGCCAGCCCUGGCCCCCCCUGCCCAAGUUCGACCCAUCUGUGCCACCGCCGGGCUACGUCCCACGGCAGGAGGAUCCCCACAAGGCCACGGUGGACGGGGUCCUGCUGGUGGUGCUCAAGGAGCUGAAGGCCAUCAUGAAGCGUGACCUGAACCGCAAGAUGGUGGAGGUGGUGGCCUUCCGGGCCUUCGACGAGUGGUGGGCCAAGAAGGAGCGUUCAGCAAAGGCCUCGCUGACUCCGGUGAAGUCGGGUGACCACAAGGACGAGGACAGGCCGAAGCCCAAGGACCGCCUCGCCUCGAGCCUGCUGGAAUCCUGGGGCAAGGGUGAGGGCUUAGGCUACGAGGGCCUGGGCCUGGGCAUCGGCCUGCGGGGUGCCAUCCGCCUGCCCUCCUUCAAAGUCAAGAGGAAGGAACCUCCUGACUCGGCCUCGGCUGGUGACCAGAAACGCCUACGGCCCUCUACCUCAGUGGAUGAGGAAGAUGAAGAGUCGGAGCGUGAGCGGGACCGGGACGUGGCUGACCCCCCUGGCGAGCUGGCCAAGCGUGACCCCAAGAGCAUGGUCCGGCGACGGCCCGCUCGGCCCCUGGAGCUGGACAGCGGCGGGGAGGAAGAUGAGAAGGAGUCUCUGUCCGUGUCCUCGGCCUCCUCGGCGUCCUCGUCCUCUAGCUCAUCCUCGGCCUCCCCCUCGUCCUCGGCCUCCGACAAGGAGGAGCGAGGAAGCACCGAGGAGGAGGAGGAGGAGGAAGAGGAAGAGGAGGCUGUGGAAGAGGAAGAAGAGGAGGAGGAGGAGAGGAGUGCCAGGAGUAAGAGCUCCACCUCUUCCACAUCAGACAAGGACGAAGACGAAGACAGCGACGAUGACCAAGCCGAGUCUGAGCACGAGGACCAGGACAUAGCCAUAAUGGAGGCGACCGAGAAGGGAGAUGGGACCUCAGCUGGAGAAGAGGCACUGAGUGUCAUCAGCUCCAAGACUGGCGCCAGCUCCUCCAGCGAAAGCUCCGACACGUCCGAGUAUGAGUCCAGUUCCGAGUCGUCGUCGUCCUCGUCAUCUGAGGAUGAAGAGGAGCUGGACAUGGUGGAAGAGGCCGAGGCAGAGAAGGAAGAGGAGGAGGAGGAGGAGGAGGAAGCCGUGGAGGAGGAAGAAGUGGAGGAGGAGGAAGAGGAGGAGGAGGAGGAGGAGAGCAAGGCCCCCACUGCUCCCCGGGAGGACGUUGAGGACAUGGCCGUGGUGGGGGCCCCAGUGCUGGAGCCUGGGGAUGCGAAGGAGGAGGAGGAAGAAGAGGAGGAGGAGGUGGACAUUGAGGUGGAGGACGGAGUCCCUGAGGGCCAGAGCCCCAGGCUGGAGGAGCCCCCGAUGCCCCCAGGCACCAAAGAGGUGGCUGGGUACCAGGAGCCCCCUUCGGAGCUGGGCCUGAGCCAAGAGGGAACUAGGCUAAGGACCCCCGAGCCCCCACCCAAAGAGAUGGAGGCCCAGCCCACCCUGUCUCCGGAGCCCACUCCAGAGAUUGUCCUGGAAGUCGUGCCCGAACCUCCUGUGCUGUGCUCCGGAUCCCUGCAGCCACCGCUGCCACCCCUCCGGCCGCCCAGCCCCCCGCCAGAGCCUGAGACCCCAGAGCCCCCUCCCGUCCCAUUGGAUCUUCCCCCCGAUGACCAGCCCCCGAGGACUCCUGGCCUACUGGCCAAGUCGCAGAGCACGGAGACAGUACCUGCGACACCCGGUGGGGACCCCCCACUGUCGGGGGGCAGCAGCGGCCUGUCCCUGAGCUCCCCCCAGGUGCCUGGCAGCCCCUUCUCCUACCCUGCCCCAUCACCCAGCUUAAGCAGCGGGGGCCUCCCCAGGACUCCAGGCCGGGACUUCAGCUUCACGCCCACCUUCCCCGAGCCUGGAGGCCCCCUGCUCCUGCCCGUGUGCCCCCUCCCGGCAGGCCGGCGGGACGAGCGUGCUGGGCCGCUGGCUUCUCCCGUGCUCCUGGAUGCCGGCCUGCCCCUGCCUCUACCCCUGCCCCUGCCUCUGCCCCUGGCACUGCCAGUCCUGCGGGCUCCGACUCGGCCCCCGGGCCAGCUGCCCCCGCUGCUGCCUGCCUCCCUGGCUCCCUGCCCACCCCCCAUGAAGAGGAAGCCGGGCCGGCCUCGGCGAUCACCACCCGCUGGCCUGUCCUUGGAUGGGUCCCUGGUACGGCCACCUGGGGGCACUGCCCUGGGCCGGGACCUCCUGCUCCUGCCAGGCCAGCCUCAGGCUCCAGUCUUCCCCAGCACCCACGACCCUCGGACAGUUACCUUGGACUUCCGGAACACGGGGAUCCCCGCCCCCCCGCUGCCCUUGCCCCCCCAGCCCCCGCCGCCCCCGCUGCCUCCCCUGGCACCGACCACCAAGCUGCCCUUCAAGGAACUGGAGAACCAGUGGCCAUCCGAGGCCAUCCCGCCUGGGCCCCGAGGACGGGACGAGACCACCGAGGAGCUGCUGGAACUGGCCAAGGGGCGGCCUGCUCGGCCCCUCAAGAAGCGGCCCGAGGACCUGGCCGUGGCCCCCGCCUCGCCCGAGCUCUCGCCACCGCAGCCCUUGUUCCGGCCGCGCACGGAGUUCGAGGAGAUGACCAUCCUCUACGACAUCUGGAAUGGUGGCAUCGACGACGAGGACAUCCGCUUUCUGUGCGUCACCUACGAGCGCCUGUUGCAGCAGGACAACGGCAUGGACUGGCUCAACGACACGCUCUGGGUGUACCACCCCUCCACCAGCCUUUCCUCGGCUAAGAGGAAGAAGCGGGAGGACGGCAUCAGGGAGCACGUGACGGGCUGUGCCCGCAGCGAGGGUUUCUAUACCAUCGACAAGAAGGAUAAGCUCAGGUACCUCAACAGCAGCCGCGCCAGCACCGAAGAGCCCCCUGCAGAUACCCAGGGCAUGAGCAUCCCUGCACAGCCCCAUGCGUCUACGCGGGCCGGGUCUGAGAGGCGCUCGGAGCAGCGCCGCCUGCUGUCCUCCUUCACUGGCAGCUGUGACAGCGACCUGCUCAAGUUCAACCAGCUCAAGUUCCGCAAGAAAAAGCUCAAGUUCUGCAAAAGCCACAUCCACGACUGGGGCCUGUUCGCCAUGGAGCCCAUCGCAGCCGACGAGAUGGUCAUCGAGUACGUGGGCCAGAACAUCCGCCAGGUGAUCGCGGACAUGCGGGAGAAGCGUUACGAGGACGAAGGCAUUGGCAGCAGCUACAUGUUCCGGGUGGACCACGACACCAUCAUCGACGCCACCAAGUGUGGCAACUUUGCGCGCUUCAUCAACCACAGCUGCAAUCCCAACUGCUACGCCAAGGUGAUCACGGUGGAGUCGCAGAAGAAGAUCGUCAUCUACUCCAAGCAACACAUCAGCGUCAACGAGGAGAUCACCUACGACUACAAGUUCCCCAUCGAGGACGUCAAGAUCCCCUGCCUGUGCGGCUCUGAGAACUGCCGGGGGACACUCAAUUAGGCCCGCCCCACUUCAGGUGCUGUCCCCCACCCCACGUUACCCCGGGGGACCCCCGCACCGGAACGGC